AUGAAUAAUUAUGAUACUGUCAUCCUUGAUAUUGAAGGAACAAUAACUCCAAUAACGUUUGUCAAAGCUACAUUGUUUCCUUAUGUUAUUUCAGGGCUUGAGUCUUUCUUAAAUAGAAUGUGGGGGUCAGCUGAAUUGCAAGAAUAUAUUGCAUUGUUACGAGAACAGGCAAAAAAAGAUGUAGAGGGAAAAGCCUCUUUAGAAGCAGUCUUGAUACCUACUGAAUCAGAGGCCUCCGCGGAUGAGAUAAAAAAUGCAAUCAAAAGGAAUAUAAGAUGGCAAAUGGAAGCCGAUCGUAAGAUAGGGGCUCUCAAAUCUUUCCAAGGAUACAUGUGGAAGGAAGGCUAUGAGGCCGGUAUUCUGCGGGGAGAGAUUUAUGAUGAUGUUAUACCUGCAUUAGAUAAAUGGAAGGCUACAGGAAAGAAAAUCUAUAUAUAUUCUUCCGGAAGUGUUUCUGCUCAGAAAUUAUUACUCACUUUCUCGAACAAAGGAGAUUUAUCCAAUUAUUUCGACGGCUAUUUUGACACAGCUGUAGGUUUAAAAUCCGACACAAACUCUUAUAAGAAUAUCGCCAAGAGCAUUGGAAAGGAGAACGAUACCAAAAAUAUUCUAUUUGUUACAGAUAAUAUUCAAGAGAUAUUUGCUGCAGAAAAAGCUGGAUACCAGGUCGUUAUUUCUGAUCGUCCUAAUAAUGCACCAUUGUUGCCUGAAAGUAAAAAUUACAAAAUUGUUUCUUGUUUUGAUCAAAUCUAG